CUUACUAAACAGCAGGUUGUUUGCUGUUCGGUUUAUUUUUUAGCAACUCAGAACGCUUUGGACAUGAUCCUUCAUUUGACUGCGCUGCCGCUGAUGAUAAUCAUAAGCAAUGCAGCGAUCAACGAAUCUCAAAGACAGCUGUACUGCCCGCCUUCGACGAACACCAGCAGCUGCGCAAAUUCUUCCAGUUAUGUGGACUGUCAUGGACAAAAUGUCUCUUGCGAGGCCUAUUCCUGCUCUCCUCAGAGUCCCAGCUGCUCCUGCCUGAUCGGAUCCUACAACUGCAGCAGCGACUGCAGCUACAAAGCUUCUCCAGAUCUCUGCAAUUGCAAAGCGGACACUUGCAGCUGCCUGAACGAUAUGAAUAACCCUCAAGACAUGCCAGAGAAAACUGUACAAAAUAUAAUGAAUUCCAUUGACCAGCUCCCAAAUAUUAUAAGUAUGAUGUCUGCGGAAGUGGCAGAAAAUUAUUUGAAGAUUGUUGAUGACACCCAAGUGAAGGUUGUGGAUUUGACCAGCGUUGAAAGUAAUAGUAAUUUAGUGUCAUAUGGAAACAGCUUUCUGAAUGCCUUUGAGAGCCUGGUGACUGCACUGCUCACGACAACGGAAGCUCACUUUAACAUUAAGCUCAGCAAUACAGAAGGGAGAGUUAUUGCAGUUAGACCAAAUGCAUCUGAAAAAGGAAUAACUUCAAUUGUUAUGGAAAAGGCUGGUAUGGAGAUCAACCUUUUUGAGAUUGCCAAGAGAAACCCUUCAGGAUCAGCUGCUCUGGCUUUCAUGAGCUACACUAUGAUGGAGAAUUUUCUGAAGCCAGACUUCUUCAACACAUCAAAUGACAAGAUUAAAACCAUGAUGUCUACUGUGAUCUCAGCUACUCUUCCCAAAACCACCAACACUAAACUCACUGAAGCAGUCAACUUCACCCUAAAACACAUCAGAGAGUUUGAUCCCAGUGGUUCUCUGUCCUGUGUGUACUGGAAUAUCAGCGAGUGGAUUGUAGAUGGUUGUUCUGUUUUAGAGACCAACAGCAGCUUCACUGUGUGUUCCUGUGUUCAUCUCUCCACAUUCUCCCUCAUCAUGCAAACCAGCCAUCAACCAGAGACUGACUCACUGAUGGAGCUGUUGAAUAUGGUGUGUGUGAUCGUGGGGCUGGUGUUCUUCAGUCUGGCUCUGUUGACCUUUGCCCUUUGUCAGUGGAGUCCUGGAGUGAAUAAUGUGGCUCGGAUCAACAUCUGCAUCAGUCUUCUGCUGGCUCACCUUCUGCUUCUGCUCACACAGCAGUUCCUGAAGCUCAUACGACCUCAGCAGGUGUUGUGUGCCGUGAUCGCAGGCCUUCUGCACUUCCUCUUUCUCUCCGCCUUUGUGUGGAUGUUCAUUGAAGCCGUGCUGCUCUUCAUCCGUGUGAAGAACCUAUCACAGAUCAGCUCCAAAAAGAAGGAGGUGCUUAGCAGUGGAUUCCUGUGUGUGAUUGGAUAUGUGGUUUCUCUGGUUGUGGUGUGUGUGUCUGUCGGUCUGGUUCCUGAAGGAUACGGCAGUGAACACUGCUGGAUAAAAUAUGAUAAAGGUUUCAUCUGGAGUUUUCUGGGUCCUGUCUGUUUCAUAAUAGCAUUGAACACAAUUCUCUUCAUCAAAAUCAUCAUCGGUUUAUAUUCAACUCUCAAAAAUCUCAACGCUGAAGUUUCACAGAUGAAACAAACCAAGAUUAUGGUGUUUAAAACUCUGGCUCAGUUUGUGGUUCUUGGUUGCUCCUGGAUUCUGGGUCCCUUCACUAAUGGCAGUAAGGUGCUGGAGAUCCUCUUCUUGAUCUUGAACUCUCAGCAGGGAACCUUCAUCUUCCUGAUCUACUGUGUCCUCAAUCACGAGGUCAGGCAGCAGUACAGGAAGUUCUUCAGAUGUCUUUGCUGUGAACACAAAAAACGCUGACAACUACAGCAUUGUGUUCAAGAAGAGAAAAUGCCUACUGCUAAAAUGCCAUUAUUACACACUUGUUUUAGUUUCUUCCUGUAAAUACUUUUGAUAUUAAGGUUCUAAAUACUGUUAAUGCAGAACAUAUAAAUAUUUUUAAAACACAAUAUUUUCUGGUUGGUGAGAGAAAACCUUUCUGAAAUGCUCACAUGUGCAUGGUGAAAGAAUAUAACAUGACUUUACAGUUUAAAUGCAUUUUGCUGUUAACACAUGUACUAAUCUUGCACACCUAUAUAUUUAUUUGUGGGGAUAAUAUUAUUUUUAGUAUAUUACUUUAUAUGCCCAUAUGGCAAAAUCCAGUAUACUUUUAUAAUGGGAGUGUGUAUUUUUGUAAAUACUAUUAAAAUAAAGGAACAG